AUACCCAUAUUGCGUGACAGUAUUCGAAGGAAAAGGAAGAAAAUGGAAGUUCUCUUUGGAAAAUGAGAUCUUUGGACUUUCAAUAUAUUUUUAAACAUCCAUUUGAAAUCGUAGUUCGUGCUUACUUUCAAAAGUACACGAGCGGAAAAGACCAGAAUGUUACGUCGAUAACAGUCAUUGAACACAAACAAGAUCCUAAAACAGGGGAGGAAUACAUUCUAAGACGAGGAACAUGUGCAAAUAUUCUUCCAGCUGUUUUUAGAAGGUUUUGUCCAAGUGCGGUUGUUGAAGUAGAGGAAGAAGCUUGGCUCAAAAGAAAAGAAAGAAUCCUUCAUCUUCACAGCUAUAAUAUCACUGGUUCAAGUUAUGUGAAACUAGAGGAAUACAGUACUUAUACACAAAGUAAUCUCAAUGACAAUUGGACAGUCAUGGAACAAAGAGGGGUGAUCACGGCAGAUGGCCUUGGCCCCAUCCUUGGCAGAAUGCUAGAAUCAUUUUCAAUUCAUGUGUUUAAGUGCGGAGCUGAUAAAGGGUUUACUAUCAUGGAAGACUUAUUGAUGGCAAUGAAUACAGUCAGCUCAUCUGUGUAGACAUAACAUUAAUAAUUACCCAAAUUCAGCGAUAUGAUGCAGACUUAUAGUUGUCAAAUAUAACAGUUAACAGCUCAUGUGAAAUUGUAAUAUUCUCUUUCUUGCACCCUCACUGGUCAUCUCACACCAUUUAGAAUUUAAACAUGCGAUUAGGCUUCAAAAUGGCACAGUGAGCUACAAAGAAGACUGCAGAACUCUAAUAUUUUCUACAUCCAUUUCAUCUUAAAAAGUGAAGCAAA